UCGGAAAUGGAAUAACGGUUUGUAACAAACUUAGCAAAAACACUUGUCUGUAUAAACAGAGCUCAUUUUGGUUCUCUCUGCAAAAAAGAAAAAAGAAAAAACUAAGAAGAUGAAUUUCUCAGAGAUGAAAGAGCAGGUCAUUAAUGGUGUGAAAUGGUACUUCAAUAGGAAUUGGAACAGAGACGACGUGAUGAAUAUGGAUGAAAUUCCCGAUGAAGUUCACACAACCUUGAAGAUGGUGUAUCUUAGUCUCUUCUGUGCCAUGUUGAGCAUUACUUUUGGAACCUAUUUGCAAUGGACCUCGAUAGCUGGGGGGAAAUACACAGUCCUUUCUUAUAUAGCAAAUUUAAUCUUGCUUUACCAUACUCCACCAGAGAGACUGAACACGAGGAUCUUAAUCUCGAUGUGGGCUGCCUAUUCAUUGGGUUCCUCUGUUGGCAUUUUUACCAAUUAUCUCUUCAAAAUCGAGCAACACUAUGUUCACAGACUUUUGGCAGGUAUAACAAUUGGCAUUGGAAAUUUAUUGUAUAGAGCCAUCAAAACAACGGAUAGGAGAGAAAUCUACACCGGUUGCCUGAAAUAUUGCGGUGUUUUAGUGUUCUCCAUAAUUGCUUUCUUUCUUUUGGAAAGAGACACAACUCUCUGGAUGAUAAAGAUACACACUGUGCUGAUAUUGUUCAUGGGGUACCUUGUGAUAUAUAGCCAAGAAAUACUGUACUAUGCUAACUUUGGGGAGAUUAACUUCGUCAACUGCACAUUCACCGUCUUCUUCCAUUUACCUGGCAUAGUGAUCCAUGCUACAAGACUAUACCUUCAGGGUGAGCAACAUGAACACAAUUAAAGCUGGUGCACCUUACUGUAAAUGAGGAACAAAUAUUCCUUUGUGUCUUACAUUCUACUGAUUGAAUUUGGAAUUCCUUGGUUUAAAGCAAACUGCUUUAAAUAUUUCUUGGCAAACGAAAUACUGAUUGUUGAUUACCUUACCCUGUACAAAAUGUUGAAUAGAAUGAAUACACAUAAUUGUUCUUCCUU